UGUAGCACACCUGGCCAAUUUCAUCCUUACUCGUGUAGUGCAGAACAGAGCGCUGGAUCUGACCUAUAGAUGCAUCCAUAUCAAGUGGACUUACGAGCUGUCAGCAUGGAUAACUGUGCGGGAACCCAUCGCUCCCAUGCCACCGUGUCUUCAACUGGGGAUAAAAGCUCCGGGUGCGAAGACAGACCCGCUGGAACUCACGCGCACGAAAAGCCACCUUAUUCAUACGUGGCCCUUAUUGCGAUGGCCAUCAAAGAAAGCGAGGAUAAAAAGUUGACCCUUAACGACAUCUACAGCUUCAUCGUUUCCAAGUUUCCAUAUUACGAGAAGAACAAAAAGGGGUGGCAGAACAGCAUCAGACACAACCUGAGCCUUAACGAGUGCUUCGUGAAAGUUCCCCGGGAGAGCGGAGGGGAGAGGAAGGGUAACUUCUGGACCCUGGAUCCAGCAUUUGAAGACAUGUUCGACCAGGGCAACUACCGGCGCAGGAGGCGCGUCAAGAGACCCUACCGACCACCCACUUUAGCGUAUUUACCGGGAGCCCCUGGAUUUAAUUUCACCGAUUCCUGCCUGCAACCAGAGCCCGUUUACUGGCAAACUCCGUUCAGCAGCACCCCCUGGAGUCAGCACCAGUCCGGUUCUCCAACGCUGCAGCCAAUGUUCGGUAACGCGCGCCCUCUCUCGCCAAACGAUUACGCCAACUCUCCCGUGAGUUUUUACCCUGGUCACCAUCACCUUCACCCUUCGUAUAGAUCGUACCACCGGCACCCGAGCGCUCUGAUGCCUUUAAACGCGCGCACGUACACCGGAAUGACCCCGCCGGUGAGUCCGGGCGGGAGCUCCAUCUCCACCUACAGCUUUCCGCAGCAUACAAGCAGCCACCUUGUGCAUCAUCCAUAUGAGUGAUGGACAGAUGUGUGAGAAUUGAUUUAUAUCGGCAGUUGUUAUUUUCACAAUGUUUGCCUGUUAUUCCUGGAAAUGUUAUGUGUUCCAUUCCCAUUGUUUCUGAAUUUAAAGAGUUUGAUAUUAAGAGUUACGUGCAAAACGUUUUGUUUUGUAUAAAAUUUGGCAUUACGGAUUGAUUCCAUAAGCAUCCAUUAAUAAUUGAGACAAUUUAUUAUUGAAACUGUUCGCACUUUGUUUAAACCAAAUUGCUAAAGCAUAUUUAGGUCUGUUUGUUUACCGUUGUGUUGACAUAUCCUUAUAUGGAUUUACGAUUUGCAUUGCAAUUUUACUGUAUAAAAUAAUUUGGUUAACCAAGUCUUGUUUAAAACUGGUUUACAAGAGUAGGCUACUGUACACAUUCGAUCGUGUAUUGUCUUUAAAUAUGUUUUCUAUAUAUUGAAUAGAGGUUUAUUGUGUGUAUUACUGGAAUUUAAAAUAUUUUUAUAUGCAAAUGUUCGUAACUUGUUUGAGUAUUUCUCUGAUAAAAU